UUUUUAAAGAAAUGAUGAAGCCGUGAAAAUAAAUGGACAUUGAAAUGACUAGACAAAACUAUAUGGCAUAAUUUGUUUGUAUUUUAAUGUUUAGUGGACAGCUGCAUUUUACUUAUAUCAUAAAAAAAUAUUUUGUAUAUCAAUCGCUGAGUUCCGGUUUCUAAAAAUAUCACGCAGUGAAGAUCAAGUAUGGCAGACACUGGAAAAGAAAUUUUGAAAUACAAGAUAAAAAAUUGGUCAAGUUUUUCAUACAACUAUUUACCAGAAAAUAUUUACCUUGAUAAGCCAACAGACCAGUCAUCUAGGUGGUCAUCAGAUUCUAAUCAUCCACCACAGUUUCUUAUAUUAAAAUUAGACAAACCAAGCAUUGUACAGACUAUAACAUUUGGGAAAUAUGAAAAGACACAUGUAUGUAAUUUGAAGAAGUUUAAGAUAUUUGGUGGAAUAUCAGAAAGUCACAUGCUCCAGCUACUAGAAAAUGGAUUAAAGAAUGACCAUAUACCAGAAUCCUUUCCAAUAAAACAUGAAAUAGAUGGGAAUCACUUUCCAUGUAAAUACCUCAAAAUAGUUCCAAUUCAGUCAUGGGGACCUAGUUUUAAUUUCAGUAUUUGGUAUGUAGAACUACAAGGAAUCUCAGACUGGAAUAUUGUAAAACCAACAAUGCAUUGGUACAAUAAUUUUAGAGAAAGAGAAGCCAUAAGAUUGUGUUUAAAACACUUUAGACAGAGACAGUAUUUAGAAGCUUAUGAAGCCUUAGAAAAGAAAACAAAAAUAGUAUUAGAGCAUCCUAUAUUGACCGAGUUACAUACAAAAUUGGUAAAAGAUGGUGAUUUUGAUGCAUGUGAACAUUUAGUGUAUAGAGCUUGUGAAGAAGGGUUAUUUCUUCAUUAUAUCAGUUUACAAGAUUAUAAACCAUUAUGGUCACCCAUUGAGCCAGUAAUAAAAACAAAUGACAGUUUAGUAGAUAGUAGGCCUGGUAUGAGAGGUGGACAUCAGAUGUGUGUGGAUGUUUUAAGUGAAACUUUAUAUUUAUUUGGUGGUUGGGAUGGUAACCAUGAUUUAGCGGACUUGUGGAUGUAUCAUGUACCAUCUCGUGAAUGGACGUGUUUAUCUAGAAAUACACAAUUAGAGGGUGGUCCUGGUGCUAGAUCAUGUCAUAAAAUUUGUAUUGAUUAUGAGAGAAAACAAAUAUUCACUCUUGGUAGAUAUUUAGACUCAGCUAUGAGAACAACAGAAAAUCUAAAGAGUGACUUUUAUAUGUAUGAUAUUGGUUCUGGAAAAUGGACAUUGAUAACAGAAGAUACACAUGCCAUGGGUGGACCAAGGCUAGUCUUUGACCAUCAGAUGGCAAUAGAUGUUGAAAGGAGAACAUUGUUUGUGUUUGGUGGGCGAGUGUUACUAAGUCCAAGUGAAGGUGGAGAAAGGGGAAGUGAACCAAUAUUUAGUGGUUUAUUUGCCUACCAUAUACCUACAAAUACAUGGAAACUGGUGAUGGAAGAUUGUGAACAACUUAGAUCUAGAAUAGGACAUUCUAUGUUGUUCCAUCCAAGAAAGAGAUGUUUAUAUAUCUUUGCUGGUCAAAGAUCAAAAGAGUUUCUGAAUGAUUUUCUAACAUACAACAUAGACACAGGUCAGAUAGAUAUGAUUGUGGAUGGAACCAAAAAGGACGCUCAAGGGGGUACGGUAUCAUCACAAUCCAUAUUAUUUGAUCAGCCAGUUCAUCAUCCAUAUUACCGUCAUGUCUUGAAAGACUUCGUCAAGACUUCUGUACCAGCAGCAGGAUUUACACAGAGAGCUACUAUAGAUCCUGAUAAAGAUGAAAUACAUGUAUUGUCUGGUUUAAGUAAAGAUAAAGACAGAAGGGACAAUGUAAAAAAUUCUCUAUGGGUGUAUGAUAUUAAUAAAAAUAAAUGGUCAUGCAUUUAUAAAAAUGAAAAUUCUGGUCAACAAUACUGGACGAAAAUGCAGCAUUUAGAACCUGUUCCAAGGUUUGCACAUCAACUAGUAUUUGAUCAUAUUAAAAAGGUGCAUUAUUUAUUUGGUGGAAAUCCUGGGAAGGAAAGCUUACCUAAAAUGAGACUAGAUGAUUUUUGGUCAUUAAAAUUAGGAAGACCUUCUGCAGAAAACUUAUUACGACGAUGUCAGUAUUUAAUAAGGAAGCAUCGAUAUCAGGAAAUGGCGGAGCGAUAUCCAAAAGCUGCCAUGGAAUAUUUACAAAAAGAUUUAGCACAGAUAGUGGAUCAUAGAAGUGAAGAAGAAAAACAAGAGUUUCAUCAGCUGGCAUCAACAUUAUUUAAAACUGAUGAUGAAGAUGAAGAAAUGUUUGAUGACUCUAUAACAGUAAUGAGUGACCAUUACCAAAGUCGGACUAAUUUGUUUGAUGAACUUGUGGCAUUUUUCCCUGAUGAUAUGACACAGCCUAAAGAAAAUCUUGUUGAUAUGAUACCGAUUUGUUAAAAGUGGCAUUUUUAAUAACAUCCUGGAUGUACGCAAUUGAGGUGUCUAAAUAGAUACCAGUUAAAUGGUGUCUGAGUGGAUACCAGUUUAAUGAUGUCUAACUGGAUACCAAUUUCAUGGUGUCUGAAUGAAUACCAGUUUAAUGGUGUCUGAAUGAAUACCAGUUUAAUGGUGUCUAACUAGAUACCAGUUUAAUGGUGUCUAACUAGAUACCAGUUUAAUGGUGUCUAACUGGAUACCAGUUUAAUGGUGUCUAAAUGGAUACCAGUUUAUAUAUGGCAUUUGACCUUGGAUAUUUGAAUUCUGUUAUGGAAUAUGAAACCCUUAUACUGUGAUACUGUGUUUUAAAGUACUAAAAAAUUAUAAAAAAGAAAUUGGUGCUGGACUACUGAAUGAAUACAAUUAUAAAAGAAUUAA